CAACCCAUGGGUAUGAGUUGGGUUGAUUAUUGGUCUGGCCCAUGAAAAGAACGGCUACAAGCUACAAAGACGAAGACGAUCGCCCCCAGGCCCCAACUCUCACUCCAGAGUCCAAGAGUCCAGAGCCGGUGAAAUUCGCUCUAUAGAAAUUAGAAACUAGAAACAGAGGCGCGAGAGCGGCUUGGGAGUGGGAACUGCGAGCAGUCAAGCUCAAGCACGCGGGAAGAACGUCGUUUUUUGUUUUGAGGGCUAAAAAAGCGGGCAUAGAAUAGUGUAGUGGAGGUGUUGGUGAAGUGGAGAUGGGGCUGGACAACAUGAAUGAUCCGCAGGGUAUCACCGGAGACCAGGUGGCGCAUGAGAGCGCCGCUUCCAUGGAAGCGCAGGUUUUGACCAAAGCCGUCCUCUCAUUGCCUCCUCAAGCUGUCAAGGAAUUGGUGUCAAUUGGGGUGUGUGCUAGAUGCAUCUUCCGGCUCUUUGGGGUGCGCGGCGAAUGUACUUAUUCCUCAUCGUUGCUCUCACCAUCAAUCUUCAGUUCAAUCAUUGAAGAACCCAAGGGUUCCAAUGAUCAUUAUUUGAGUAGUUCACAUUCUUGUCAAGAAUCGGUAGUUGAUCCAGUAUUUUGUAGAAUUUGUUUAGGCAUAUUGGAAUUUACCUACGAGGAGAAGAAAGAGAUGUGUGUGAAAAGGGAUUCUGUUAAUGACUUUGUCGCAUCAAUUGUGCAACUAAUAAAGCAAGAGGGUCACCAGAUUGAUAGCUUUUCGAUCGAAGUUGCUAUACCUUCGAUUAUAUUGGAAAAUGAGAGGGUUGUUCGGUUUUAUAUGGAAAAGAAGUAUGGAUCUGAAGUUUGGUUCCAAGAAAACUUCCUUGGUCAUAAUAUCUCUGUGAAGGAUGCCUUAAAAUUAUCAAUAACGGGUUUACUUGAAAAGUUGUUGGCUGUUAAAUGUGGUGAAAGCUCUUUCCGCAUUCGUCUGACAUAUGCCCAUGGUAACUUAUCACUGAAUCUUCAGACUAUAUCAGAAAGGGAGCAGGGUUCCAAGAGAAUGAAAACAGGAACAAGGGACACUUUGAAUGUGUCUCACUCACAGAGCAUUGAAAAUUCUUCUAGUGAAGCAGAUAUAGAUAUUCACAAGUUUCUCAGUAAUGUGAAAGAUCAGGAUUUUUGUGAACACUUAACAUUGCCAUCUAAGAAGGUUAAUCAGCCAUGUCAUUUCUCUUUUCAUUGUUAUAGGAUGCCUAUCUACAUUGGUGGUAGAUACUUGAAGUAUUCAAGAAAUGUCAGCCAAACACGGUGGAUUAUUGAUGAUGAAAGAAUGGGUGAAGCAUCUGUUGAGGAGAUAAUAGGGAGCAAUCUGCUUCCUAUGUUUCGUGGUGACAACUACAAGUUUCAUGCUGCCGGUAGAGAAGAUAUUGAUGUUCGGAUGUUGGGUUCAGGUCGACCUUUCCUGGUUGAAAUACAAAAUGCACACUGUAUUCCUUGUAAGAUUUCUAUCAAAGAAAUUGAAGAAAAAAUAAACAGCCUGCAGAAAAAAUUGGUUGGAGUGAAAAACCUCAAGGUUGUAGGGAGUGAAGGGUGGACCCUGAUGCGUGAAGGAGAGGCAGAGAAGCAGAAGCAAUAUGUUGCACUAGUCUGGAUUUCUCGCCCACUCAAGGAUGAGGACAUCGAGAUUAUAUCUUCAUUUACUGACACGCGUAUUUUGCAAAGAACCCCAAUUAGGGUACUCCAUCGUCGAAGUCCAUUAGAACGUGAAAAGAUUAUACAUUGGAUGAAAGUUGAAAAGAUUACCGGGAGCUCACAGUAUUUUCUUUUGCAUUUAUGCACUCAGGCUGGAACUUAUAUCAAGGAGUUUGUUCACGGUGAUCUUGGCCGCACCCAUCCUAACGUGGGUUCAAUUCUAGGUUGCAGAGCAGAGAUACUACAACUUGAUGUUACGGAAGUCAAGAUGGACUGUUUCUUAACUGACGACGGUCCAAUGGAACAAUAGAUUGAAUGUUUGUAGCUGUCUGAAUGAGAUCCAUUGUAACUUAAUCUUGUUUAGUUGGAUCUUAGGUGCUCUGACUGUAAUUGCUUCUCUUCUGUACAAAAGCCCCAUUUUACCAUCUGUGUAUUUGUCUCAUUAUUAUUAUAUCUAUGUUGAUUUUGUAUGAAUGCUAAUUCAUGCAUAA